GGGUCCCCAUCUGUCACCCCUGUCCACGCUCCUGUCGUCAGCCGGACACCAGUCAUCAUGCCUCAUGUUCCAAAGCGACGGCGCUACACGCUUGAGGAAGGCAGUCAGGCCCAGAUUCCCAUAGUUGUCGAGGAAGAUGCUUCCUCAUCUUCCUCCACCUGCUCCUCCUCUUUUCCCUCCUCUUUCCCCUCCUCCUCCUCCUCCUCCUCCUCCUCCUCCUCUUGCUUUCCUCUGAUUUCAAGCACCCCUGAGGAGGUUUUUGUUGUUACUAAGACCCCAAGUCCUUCACAAAGCCCUCAGAGUACCUCCCCCUCCCCUAUGGAUGUUGCCUCUUCUCCAUUAAGCGAACCCGACGAUGGCUCUAGCAGCCAAAAAGAGGAAGGUCUGAGCACCUCACAGGCACUGCCAGGUGCUGAGUCAUUUCCCAGAAGUGCAAUUGAUAACAAGGUGUCUGAUCUGGUGGAGUUUCUGCUCCUCAAGUAUCGCAAAAAGGAGCCGACCACAAAGGCAGAAAUGCUGAAUAUCGUCUUCAAAGAUGACCAGGACCACUUCCCUGUGAUCUUCAAUGAAGCUUCUGAGUGUAUGCAGCUGGUCUUUGGUGUUGAUGUGAAGGAAGUGGAUCCCAGCAACAAGUCUUAUGUCUUGGUCACCACCCUGGGUCUCACCUAUGAUGGGAUGCUGAGUGAUGAGCAGAGCAUGCCCAAGACGGGCAUUCUGAUACUUAUCCUGAGCAUAAUCUUCAUGGAGGGCAACUGUGCCCCUGAGGAGGAGGUGUGGAAAGCACUGAGUAUGAUGGGGGUGUAUGCUGGGAGGGAGCACUGCAUCUACGGGGAGCCCAGGGAGCUCAUCACCAACGUGUGGGUGCAGGAGGGGUACAUGGAGUACCGGCAGGUGGCCAACAGCGAUCCCGCUCGCUACGAGUUCCUGUGGGGUCCCCGGGCCCACGCGGAGAUCAGCAAGAUGAGUCUCCUGGUGUUUUUGGCCAAUAUCAAUGGGAGUGACCCUAGAUCCUUCCCACUGUGGUAUGAAGAGGCUUUGAGAGAUCAGGAAGAGAGAGCCCAGGCUAGAAUUGCCACCACAGAUAAUACUACUGCCAUGGCCAGUGCAAGUUCUAGUGCCAUGUCCAGCAGCUUCUCCUGCCCUGAGUGAAGUCUAAGGCAGAUUCUUCACUUAGUGUUUUAAGAGGGCAGUCAAUGAUCUAAGUAGGAGAGGGCUAGGCUGGGGAUGAGGGAAUCCUAGUGAAUAACAUCUUUGUGCUUCUGUUCUAUCGAGGUGACUUAGAAUUUCAUCUUCUUUUCUUUUUGGUAUUUUAAAAUGUUGUUACUUAACUAGAAAGUUUGUUAACUUCAGAAUAUAAGUUUAUGAAUGACAUUGGUUACACACUUAUUGUUGCUUUUCCAGUUUAGGAGAAAGAGUUUUGCUAUUUUGUAAAACAAAUUGGUAAAUCUUCCUUUUUAUUUGUAGUCUGUAACAAGAUAAGACAGCAUUAGUAUACAAAUUUCCUUGGAAAUGUGAAAGAACUUAGCAGUAAAAUUGAGAAAAAAUUUAACUGGGUCACUUUUAAAAUUCUCAUCAUUUUUAGUCUAUUCUGUAAAAUUAAGGUGUAUACUUAGAUUUUCUUAGCUUAUUCAAGACUAGAAGAAA